AGGGUUCGAACCAUGGACAGCUCCAGACUGUGGACCAAGGUGGCUGUGUGCGUCAUGAUGCUGUCCGUCGUAUUCGGAGCCGAGAUGUACGACUGGGACUCAGAGGAAGACCUCAAAGUCCGAGCCUUGCGGGACUUUUACCCCAAAGGUCCAAACCUGACCAAUGAAAAGCAACUGCUUGGCGCUCUCCAGGAAGUUCUGGAAAAGCUGCAGACAAAGCGACUGCCACACUGGGAGAAGAAAUUCGGUCAAGUCCCAACGUGUGAGGUCGGGGAGCAGUGCGCCGUGAGAAAAGGCGCACGGAUCGGCAGGAUGUGCGACUGUCCGCGUGGAGCUCUCUGCAACUUCUUUCUACUGAAAUGUUUAUGA